UCAAUAAUAAGCCCAAGGGCAUUAUAGUAAUUAAAGUACAAUCACUAAAGAGAGGUAGGGCUUCUUCAGCAGGUCAGAUAAAGGGUCCAACUUUCUCAUUUUUUGGGUCUCAGGCAAAAACCCUAGCAGAGCGUCGCAUACUCCCCUUGUAGCAGAAAUGGCCAAGUCGAAGAAUCACACCGCUCACAACCAGUCCUACAAGGCUCACAAGAAUGGCAUCAAGAAGCCAAAGAAGCAACGCAACACUUCCACCAAAGGGAUGGAUCCCAAGUUUUUGAGGAACCAGAGGUAUGCUAGGAAGCAUAACAACAACAAGAACGGGUCUGGAGCCGAGGAGGAAUAGAUGAAAUGCCUUCAAAUUCGCAAUUUUUGAGGGUUUUUUUACUUGUUCUAAUUAGGCUUUAUAGUAUUUCAAGAAGUUUUUUUUUGUCCUUUUAAUGUUUUAUUGUUCUGAUUAGCUACAAUCGGAUGUUACUCUCUAGUGGGUUUUGAUUUACUAUUCGAAUUUCUGAGUAAUGAAAAUACUUUCGAGGGUUUGUUAACUCUUCUGGUUC